CUUACUGGCUUGGCACACACUCGGCAUAUCCCACAUUUGACUCCAAUACCCCAUUGUUCAGACUUUGACCAUGUGUCAAUGGAUGGCGUACGUCUUGUUAAUGCCGUGAAGCUCCGAUGGAUCGGUUUGCUAUCCACCCGAGGCCUGCAGUGCGGUCGCGGCUGACAAUACCCAGGGCAACCAGGCAUGCUUGCGGCCAUCCGCGAACCCGGCAGAACGUUGCCCGAUGUCAGCGGGCUGAGCAGACACAACGCAACUGUCCAGCACCGACACCGAUCGCAUACGAGACGAGAUGCCAAGCAUGCAAGCUGUUAAGGCCGCAGCUUGGUAGCUGCAUGGUCACCGAAAAGGUGAUAGCACUGCCCAUUCGUCCAAGCCUGCAGAACUUUAUGAGGCAUCUCAGCGAGUCCGCUGUAGUGACUUUGGAGCAGGAAUCGAACAUCGAUGCUGAGAAGCGAAAGUCCAGCGCUGAGGUCGAGAAGGUGGAGCAUGUCGGUACUCUAGUGGCGAAGUCUGCACAGUCAAGCACAGAGACUGGAACACAGACCAAGCAUAACCCAACACUGGCAUAGCUGAGAUCCUGUUGCCGUGCCAAUAGGUUGUGAGACGCAUGUCUGAUUGGCGUUCGGGGCAUGGUAGCGGUAAUGGUAUUGACGAUAAUGACCACAAAAUGGAUGAUGUUUCUCAUACCGACCAGCUGUGAUCUCCCGCCUUC